CCCCGCGGCUCACCAGCCGCCAUCAUUUGAAUUUGAAAACACGGAGCGCCCAUCUGGCAGGACCUUGCUGAUCCCGGGGAGCGUAGCAGGAGCGAGGCCUCGGCUUCCGCGGCGAAGGAAGGCCGAGGUAGAAUGGAAUCUAUUUCAGAUGGAGCAUUGGUUCAAAGACCAUCCUAUCUUGUUAGUGCUGAACCAGUUGAAAGGCCUACAGGAAUAGAUGUUGAUGACAUUAAGCUUGACCUGUCCCAUGAAUUUUCCUUGGUUGCAUCUAGCUCUGAGGAAAGUGCAUUACAGUCCAAGGACCAUGUACAAGUUUGCCUUAGGAUAAGGCCUUUCACACCAUCAGAAAAAGAAAAUGACUCCCAGGGCUGCGUAUAUGUUCAAGAUUCAAAUACUAUUCUACUAAAAGAUCCCCAGAGUCUAGCUGGUCGGUUGAGUGAAAAGUGCUGCGGGCAGAUGGCACAGAAAUUCAGUUUUUCCAAGGUAUUUGGUCCUGAAACUACACAGAAAGAGUUCUUUGAAGGGAGUAUUAUGCAACUAGUGAAAGACUUCUUGAGGGGAGAAAAUCGUCUGAUUUUUACUUACGGUGUAACCAACUCUGGCAAAACAUAUACAUUUCAAGGUACAGAAGAAAAUACUGGUAUUUUGCCUAGGACAAUGAACAUGUUGUUUCAUACUAUUCAAGAUAAACUGUAUCAAAAGAUGGACCUAAAACCACAUAGAUGUAGAGAUUACGUACGGUUAUCUUCUGAUCAAAUGAAAGAAGAAGUUGCUAUUAAAAAUGCCUUGCUUCGGCAAAUUAAAGAGGUUGCUAUUCAAAAUGGCAGUUGUGACACCUCGUAUGGAAGUUGGAACUCUGUGAACAUCUCAGAUUUUGAGGACUCCAAAGAUUUUGAACAACCUAGUUUGAAUGUGGAAAAUACAGUGAAAUUUUCAAUCUGGGUUUCUUUUUUUGAGAUUUACAAUGAAUUUAUUUAUGAUUUAUUUGUUCCCGUAUCAAGUGACAAGUUUCAAAAGAGAAAGAUGCUGCGUCUUUCUCAAGAUAUCAAAGGCUGCUCGUUUAUAAAAGAUCUCCAAUGGAUUCAAGUUUCUGAUUCCAAGGAGGCAUACAGACUUCUCAAACUAGGCCUGAAGCACCAGAGCUUUGCUUCUACAAAACUCAACAGUGCAUCUAGCAGAAGUCACAGCAUAUUCACCAUCAGAACAUUACAGAUAGAGGAUUCUGAAGUGCCCCGGGUAACAGGAGUCAGUGAACUAUCACUGUGUGAUCUGGCUGGUUCAGAGCGAAGUAUGAAGACUCAAAAUGAAGGUGAAAGAUUAAGAGAGACUGGAAACAUUAACACUUCUUUGCUUACUCUGGGAAAAUGUAUUAAUGCUCUAAGGAACAGCCAGAAGUCAAAGUUGCAACAGCAUGUGCCCUUCCGAGAAAGUAAACUUACCCAUUAUUUUCAAAGCUUUUUUAAUGGCAAAGGGAAAAUAUACAUGAUAGUCAACAUUAGCCAGUGUUGUUCUGCCUAUGAUGAAACAUUCAACGUGUUGAAGUUCUCAGCUGUUGCACAAAAAGUUUUCGUUCCAGACGCUUUAAAUUUUUCUCAAGAGAAACCAUUUGGCCAGACUAAAUCUUCCAGAGAUACAUCAUUCAUUGCUAAUAAUGCAGACACUAAAAUGUUAGAAAUGAAGAGAACCACCAUUGAAUGGGAGAGGAGUCUGGAAGAUUUGAUAGAAGAUGAAGAUUUGGUAGAGAAUCCUGAUGAAGCUCAAGAUGACCAGAUGGUAGAACUAGACGUGACAUCGGAAGAAGAAAAAGCUGUCAGCAAAGAGGAGUAUGCAAAACUACUGUCCCUGAUAGAAGACUUGAAGAACAAACUGAUAAAUGAAAAGAAGGAAAAGUUAACUUUGGAAUUAAAAAUUCGUGAUGAAGUUACCCAAGAAUUUACUCAAUAUUUGUCUCAACGGGAAGCUGAUUUUAAGGAAUCCCUUCUUCAGGAACGUGAAAUGUUAGAAGAAAAUUCUGAACAUCGGAUGGCAAUUUUUAAGGAUUUGGUGGCUGACUUUGAAACUUCACGUGAGGAGCCAAUGGAUGAAACUUGUACCUUGAAAGUUGAAUCCAAGGAAUCAGAUAAUCUUGUAGGAAUUGAAGACGUUGUUGAUUCCCUUCAAGAUGAUGUCACUGAUAUUAAGAAACAGGCUGAAAUUGCUCACUUAUUCAUUGCAUCUCUUGCUGACCCCCAGGAAGCUAUUGCUUGUUUAGAGCUAAAGUAUAAUCAAGUAACAGCUGAAUUAGCUAAAAUCCAAGAAGAAUAUGCUAAAGUCCAGCAAGAAUUAGUCAAAACCCAAGAAGAAUUAAGGAGAGAAAAUAAAUCAGAAAUGUGCACGACUGAUUACAAGAUGUCUGCUCAUGAGCUUGAAAAUGCUAAUAAGAAAAUAGUUGCACAGGAUCAGAGAAUUCAAGAGUUAAUGGAUAUCAUUGAUCAAAAAGAAGAUUCUAUCAACAAAUUACAGAAUUUGGUGUCACAUAUGGAAGAUACAUUUAAAGGCUGUGAUGAGACAUUGUUUACUAUUAAAAACGAAAUAUCAAAGUUGAACAGUAAUGAAAGAGUUGAGGAUAUUCAGACUGAGAAGGACAAGGAGAAUAGAACCUCCUCGGGAAGAAAACGAUCAUUUGAUGACAGUCCACUCCAACAGGAAGAGCUGCCCAUAAAGAAAGGACCUGUUAAUAUUAGCACCACCCUCCCUGAAGAGCAGAAGGAAACGGGAGAUCUGCAACAAAACAUUUCAGAGAAAGAAGCAGAAAUUAGAGAUUUACAGGAGGAAAAAGAAAGAUUACAGAAAGAUGUACUUGUUAUGGAGAAGGAACUUUCAACCGAAAAGGCAAUGAAAGAGGAAUUACAUCAACAGAUUGCAAGUUUGCUGCAGGAGUUGUCCUGCUCAAAAGAGAAAACUUCUGUGUUAAAUAUAGAGGUUCAACAAAUUAGAUCUGAUUAUGAGAGCGCAGUUUCUGAAUUACAUGUACAGAAAACCAUAAACCAAGAACAAGAAGAAAAGGUUAUGGAACUGCUGAAGGAGAUAGCACCAACCAGACAAAAUAUCACAAAUAAAGUGGCACAAAUAAAAAUGAUGCAAACAAAAAUAGACAAGUUGCGUAUGCUUGAUUGUGUGCCUCAGACUCUAAACGCAGAAUCACAAAAUCUAAAGGACCUUCUGAAAGAUUAUCCUGAUGAUAAUUUGUCAAAUCCUCCAUCCACCAUGGAUGCUGAGGACUAUUCUGUAAAUGCAGAAGUUGGAGAAUCUGAUACUGAGUGCUUUAGGAGAAAGAGUUCUUUUCACUGUAGCAUUGAAGCCAUUUGGGAAGAGUGCAAGGCGAUGGUGAAUAUCUCCUCCAAUAAAAGCAACCAGAUCCAGCAACUGGAGCAACAAAUUGAAAAAUUACAUGAAGAAGUGAGAAAUGUUAAGGAGGAAAACAAUCAUCUAAAACUGGAAAUCAGUGAAAAUAAGAAUCAGGGUGAUAUACUAAAGGAAAAAGAAAACAUCAUUAAUCAGCUUUCAGAAGAAUUAGAAGGAAAAACAAUUAGACUUGCUGUUGAAGAACAUCAUGUAAUUGAGUCAGAGAAAACACUUUCAGAAUUUACACAACAAAUCACCAGCCUGAAGGAGAAAAUAAAAGAACUUGAAACUAUCUUGGAGACCAAGAAGGAUGCAGAUAAUCGGUUAGCUAGGCUGGAACAAGUAGUUCUGGAAAAAGAAUCUAUUAUUUUGAAACUGGAAAGAAAUCUGAAAGAGUUUGAAGAAAAUCUUUACAAUUCCAACAAAAAUACCAAAGAAUUAAGUGACAAGGAAGCUAAAUUAAAGGAGGAAGUCACACAGCUGAUGAAUAAUUUGCAAAAUGUUAACAAUUCACUGCAGAUAAAAGACAAAGAAAAUGAGGACAACAGCCAAAAAAUAAAAAAACUGAAGGAAGAACUCUCUGCCAACUCUGCUCUUACACAUAAGCUGAAAGAAGAUCUUCAGCGGAAAGAAGAAGACUAUGUUGAUCUGAAAGAGAAAUUUGCUGAUGCCAAAAAACAGAUUGAGCAAGUACAGAAAGAGAUAUCUAUAAUGCGUGACCAAGAGAAAUUACUGAGGAAUAAAGUUAAUGAACUUGAGAAAAUUAAAAACCAGUUUUCCCAGGAAUUGGAUGUCAAACAGCGAACUAUUCAACAGCUUAAGGAACAGCUGAGUAAUCAGAAUACUGAAGAAGUUAUACAACAAUAUCAAAACAUAUGUAAAGAUCUGGAUGUUAAAGAGAAAAUAAUCGAAGGAAUGCGAGCAACAAUGGAAGAACAGGAGCAAACUCAAGUGGAAAUGGAGGAAAUGCUUGAGGCCAGAUCAGAAGAAGUUGUACAGCUGACUUCCGAGUUGGAAGAAUGGAAGGAAAAAUGCAAGAAUCUGGAGACUAAAAUCAGUCAAGAGGCACAAAACCCAAAUCAGAGUGAUAAGGAUAACAGAGAUGUACUUAGUGAAGAGCUCAAUCAGUUACGAGAAGCAUUACAGGAAUCAGAAGAGAAACAUCAAGGUGACAGAAAAAAAUGGUUAGAAGAAAAAACAAUGCUUAUCACUCAAGCUAAAGAAGCCGAGAACCUUCGCAACAGAGAGAUGAAAAAAUACGUUGAAGACCGAGCACGUUGUUUACAACUUCAUAAUGAAGUGGAAAGACUUACUGCACAGCUAGCAAAUAAAGAUGAUGACCUACAGAAAUGGCGAGAAGAAAGAGAUAAACUGGUUUGGGCAUUAGAAGUACAGCUCAAAACACUGAUCUCCAGUAACAUGCAGAAAGAUAAAGAAAUUGAACAACUGAAAAGGACAGCGUCAGAGGAUCCUGGAAAGGAUUAUAAGCAUACAAUAAAUGAAUUGAAGACACUGUUAGCUGAGAAAGAAGACAUCAUUAAAAAGUUUAAAGGAUUGAAUUGUGAGAAUUCUAAUGCUUUGCAAGCAACAGCUUUGACCACAUCUGAUGUAGAGGUGAACAUAGGGAAACAAUUGUCUCCUAACAUACAGGAAAAGGACAAACAAAAUCCAGAUAGCAGCAAGUCUGGAAAUACUCUUCCCAAUAGCUGCAAGUCUGGAAAUGUUCUUCCCCCCAAUUCUGAGACAGUCAAGAGGGAGAUGUCAUCUGUGCCCCGCCCAAGUGAUGAGCUCUCUGUGGCUGAAAUAGAGGAUGGUUCAGUUGUAGUCCUUGACUCUUCUGAAGUAUCUACAGAAAAUGAACACAUGACUCGGUUUCCAAAAUCAGAAUUAGAGAUCCAGUUUACACCUCUGCAGCCUAACAAGAUGUCAGUGAAACAUCCUGGUAGUUCCAUACCAGUGACGGUUAAGAUAUCCAAGCCAAGGAAGAGGAAAAGUAGUGAGAUGGAAGAGAACUUAGUAAAGUAUGAAAAUAAGAAAAAUGUUACCACACCCAGAACGAAAUUGCCAGGCUCAGAUGGUUGCAGUUCUAUCAAAAAGGAACAGAAGGUUUCCACUACCCUGUCCUCUAGAAAGGCAUGUUAUUCUUUACGGAAUCAGGAGCCUACUCUCAGCAGAAAGUCAUCCACUAAGAAAAAAGAUGGAACAUUACAAAAGUUUGGGGAGUUCUUGCAACACUCACCAACAAUUCUUCACUCAAAAGCAAAGAAGCUGAUAGAAAAAAUGAGCCCCUCAAAGCCUGCUGCUGCUGAGACAGGUAAAGAAAAUGGAUCGCGACCAAAGCGAGCCAAACGGAAAUUGUAUACGAGUGAGAUUUCCAGUCCUUUAGAUAUUGCUGGCCAAGUGAUUUUUAUGGAUCAAAAAGAAAAGGAAAGCGAUCACCAGAUUCUUAAACGAAGACUCCGAACCAGAACAGCCAAAUGAGUCAGAUUUGAAAAAUAUUUUAACGGACUUCUCAUUCUUAAUCAGUGUAAUUUAUGCCCUAGCUUUCUUUUUUUUUUAAAAGAUGGUUUGUACAUAUUAUGAUGCCUAAAUUCUCUCUGUAUACAUUCAUGUUUUUAUACACAUGCUUUAUACUUGUAAUUCAUUAAAGAAGAAUUUAUCAAGAACUA